AUGAACAGUCGUGUGGAGGACGAGGAUGGACACGAGCACGACGUGGUGAUGCCCGGAUUCCGCUUCCAUCCCACCGAGGAGGAGCUCGUGGAGUUUUACCUCCGACGGAAGGUGGAGGGGAGGCCCUUCAACGUGGAGCUCAUAACCUUCCUCGAUCUGUACCGCUAUGAUCCUUGGGAGCUACCCGGUACACAUGAGAAUCCCUAAUUGUCUCUCUUUCUCUCUCACUCCCUCCCUCUCUCUCUCUCUCUCUCUCUCUCUCUCCCUCUCUCUCUCUCGAUAUUUUCCUAAAAAAAUCCUUGUAAAGCUUGUGUGCAUGUGUGUCUCUAAGGAAUUAGGUUAGUUUCAGAUUCCGGUGUUCCUUCUUUCUCUCUACAAUGAGAUUUUAUGGAAAUAUAUACAUAAUUCCUCCGUGUAAUCUAAGAACUAGGUUGGUUUCAGAUUCCAUGGUUCUCUCUCUCUCUCUCUCUCUCUCUCUCUCUCUCUCUCUCUCUCUCUAGCUCUCUCUCCAUUCAUCCUACCUAGAAUGUUUUCACAAAUUCCCCCUAUAAUGCUUACCAGUGACGUGUGUAUGAGGAAUUGGUUUUCUUUCGGAAUCGAUGGCGCCUCUGUGAGCUAAUAUUUCUUCUUCCUCAUCUUGUUCUUCCUUCCCCUUCAUUUGCUUCCUCUUUUUCUCCUUCAUGUUCUUCUUGUACAUCUUCCUCUUUUCCACCAUCUUCUCCUUCUAAUUCGUUGUCAUCCUCUUCUUCUUCACUUGGUGUCAGCAAUGGCGGCAAUUGGGGAGAAGGAGUGGUUCUUCUACGUGCCUAGGGACAGGAAAUACAGGAACGGCGACCGGCCAAACCGGGUGACGACCUCGGGCUACUGGAAGGCCACCGGCGCCGACAGGAUGAUCCGCUCGGAGAGCUCCAGGCCCAUCGGCCUGAAGAAGACCCUCGUAUUCUACUCCGGCAAGGCCCCCAAGGGCGUUCGCACGAGCUGGAUCAUGAAUGAGUAUCGGCUUCCUCACCACGAGACCGAUCGCUAUCUCAAGGUUAUAUUCUUCGUCAAUUUUCCCAGUUCAUGCGGCCGCAGAAGAUAGUCACUGCGCUGCUCUUCCCUCCGUUUCUGUUUAUCUUCUGUUUAUAUCAACUGGGCGCUUCAAGCAUCUGAUGGAUCACAACCAAAAGGACAGAUUUUGAUGGAAAUUUGGAUCUGAGGUUUUCCGUUCGAUAAUUCUAUCAACAGCCCCUAGAGGUUUGCGGGUUAGGGUUAAUUUGCACAUGUGGGGGUUAGAUAUCUUGAUUGUAUAGCGUGGGAUUGGGUGUUAAUCUCAGUUGAGUCAAUCUAUUGGGGGAUUGCUGUCGUUCUAGCUUGUGUAAGAGACGUACAGUUCGUGAUCUGAUGCUAAGUCCUGCUUUGGUAUCACACCCAUACAGAUCAGGGCUCUCUCUCUCUCUCUCUCUAUCUCAAACUCUCCUCCCACCCUCUUUGUGCGUCUCUCUCUGGUUCCCUCCCGCUGUCUGUGUCUCUCACUCCCUUCCUACGCAUUCGUGCGCCUCUUAUUCCUAUCUCCCUCUGGCGGUGAGCGUGCAUCUCUCCCAUUCCCACCUCCUGAGAGAAAUAAAGAGAGAGAGAGAGAGAGAGAGAGAGAGAGAGAGAUUUUCUUCAUCAUGAAUACUAAAUGGGAGAGGAUUCAAACAUUUUCAGGUGGAGAUCUCACUCUGCCGGGUGUACAAAAGACCCGGAGUGGAAGACCACCGCCAUGUACCAGGCGCUCUCUCUUCUAGGGCAUCCUCCUCGAGGACGACGGGACCACCGCCGCCCGCCGGCAAGCCCACAUCGAGUCACCUCCCCCCGGCGGCCCUCCACUUCCCCCGGAGGGACUCCACCUCCUCGGACGCCACCGGCUUCGCCCCCUGCGCUGCGACCACCGCCGCCACGGCGGCGCCGCUGAGCUCCGCCACCUCCGAAGAAGACUCGGCGGCUCCGCUCCACCCCUCCAACGAGACGACUUCCUUCUUCCAAGCUUCCUCCCUUAUAAACAACUCCUCCUCUCUGCCUGGCGCCGCCUCCGACGAGCUCACCAGGCUCGUGGGUUACCGCCAUAGCUACCCACCUCCGGCGAGCCAGCUCUUCCAGCUCCCUUCUCCGUCUCAUCUCCUCCCCCUGACCUCGCUGCCCGGCUCAUUUGCCUCCUUCAUGGACAAGCUCUGGGAGUGGAACCCGGCCCCAGAAUCCGGCAGAGAUUACGCCGGCUUCAAGUGA